GUUAAACUUCUAAUGCUGAAGCCAAACACCAACACACUUGAGUUACUGUCUAUACUCACCACGAAAUCAGAUCUUCCAUCACCAGAACAGCAUACGGGAGGUGACGGAUCACAGGCUAAUGCUUUGAUCGCUAUCAACGAGAAGUGUGUUAGAUUCGUCUUCUGAAGGGAUCCGUCUUCCACAUUUACUCAUUCUUAAUUUCUUUAAUACAUUGCGAAAUAAAACUGGCUUUUUAAAUUUCCGCAUCGUUUCUGUUGAAUCAGUCUUGACCAAGAAUCUCGAAAUCACGAAUCUCUCUACACAGAGACUUUUACCAAGAUUAAUUAACUGGUACAUCCCGUGUGAGAACUGAGAAUUAGCUCACAAACUUCACUACCUCCUCCAAAUUGUUUUAGGAAUCUUUGGUCUAACGGAGGUUUCUCUCCUAGGGGUACAAUUCGAGGCAAGAAGAUAAGAACAACACUUAGGUCUUCACGUUUCCUUUUACACUCUGCUUUGUUAUUUUGAAGUAUAAGGGGUGAAACCACUAACAAUAACAAAGGUCUGAUUGAUUAAUAUUCUCAACUGUUUUCAAUUGAUGCAGUGUAGAUGCUUAUCUUUCAGUGUGAACAUGGAACACAGCAAACAUGAUAUUUCAAUCUGAAUCAAUGCGUGGUUGAAAAGGUCAAAUAUUGGACUCUCUGUAUAUCAAACUGAAAAUUCUCAUCUUUCGAUUGAUGCAAGGGUAUGGGUGCCUAUCUUUCAUUGGUUCGUGUCCCAACAAGCUAGUAACAUGACCAAUAUUGCUUGAUUGGUUUGGUAAAAGUCUGAACUUCUUCUUGGCAAUUACGUAUUAGCUUCGCAGGGAUAACGACAGAGAGUCCUUUGUCAAUAGGACAAACACUCAGCUCCUCUAAUGAGAUUUAUGAAUUGGGAUUCUUCAGUCCUCCUGAUAACUCACAAAAUCAGUAUGUCGGAAUCUGGUUCAAGGGUAUCAUUCCCCGGGUGGUUGUGUGGGUGGCCAAUAGAGAAAAGCCUGUUACAGACUCCACAGCACAUCUAGCUAUCAACAUAAAUGGGAGCCUUCUAUUAUUGGAUGGAAAACAUGGGGUUCUGUGGUCCACCAGAGAAUCUUCUGCAUCUAACGGGUCUCGUGCAGAACUUUCAGACGAAGGAAAUCUUAUUGUCACAGACAAUGUUUCAGGAAGAAGGCUAUGGGAAAGCUUUGAGAAUCUUGGUGAUACUCUGCUACCUUUCUCACCCUUGACCUAUAAUUUAGCCACCGGUGAGAAGCGUGUAUUGACCUCUUGGAAAAGUUACACCGACCCAUCUCGUGGUGACUUUGUGGCUCAUAUUACACCGCAGGUGCCAUCGCAGCUGUUUACUAUGAGAGGCUCGACGCCUUACUAUAGAACAGGUCCAUGGGCUAAAACAAGGUUCUCCGGGAUACCACUAAUGGAUGAAACAUUAGCAAGUCCAUUUAGCUUUCAGCAGGAUGCAAAUAGGUCAGGGUCUUUCUCUUAUGUAGACAGAAGCUCAAAGCUUUCACGUCUACUUAUAACAUCCGAGGGCACUCUGAUGAGGUUCCGGCAUAUUGGGACAGAAUGGGAAGUAAGCUAUCAGGCUCCAGCCAAUCCGUGCGAUGUUUACGGUGUAUGUGGACCUUUUGGACUGUGCAUAAUGUCAGAUUCUCCAAAGUGUAAAUGCUUCAAAGGGUUUGUACCAAAAUUCCCUGAGGAAUGGAAUAGAGGAAACUGGACUGGUGGUUGCAUAAGGCGUACUGAACUAGAUUGCCAAGGGAACUCUACUGGCAAACUUGCAAACGUCUUCCAUCCUGUUGCUAACAUAAAGCCUCCAGACUUUUACACGUUUGUAAGUUCUGUGGAUGCUGAAGACUGCUACCAAAGUUGCCUCCACAACUGUUCUUGCUUAGCCUUUGCUUAUAUUCGUGGAAUUGGGUGUUUGAUAUGGAAUCAAGAGCUAAUAGACGUAAUGCAGUUUUCUGCGGGAGGGGAGAUUCUUUCCAUUCGUCUUGCACGCUCUGAACUAGGUAGAAAUAAGCACAAGAAAACUAUUUUGGCCUUUGCUGUUAGCAUUUCUCUCUUUGUGAUAUUGGGUUCUGCUGCGUAUGGUUUCUAUAGAUACAAAGUGAAACAUAAUGCUAUUAUAACAACGGAUGCCUCAGAAGAUUCAUGGAGGAGGAAAGGUCUGAAACCACAAGAUGUCCCGGGUUUAAAUUUCUUUGAGAUGAAUACCAUUGAAACUGCUACCAAUAAUUUCAGCCUGUCAAAUAAACUCGGACAAGGUGGUUUCGGUUCAGUUUACAAGGGAAAGCUGCAGGAUAGGAAAGAAAUUGCUGUCAAACGGCUUUCUAGCAGCUCGGGGCAGGGAAAAGAGGAGUUUAUGAAUGAAAUAGUACUCAUCUCAAAGCUACAACACAAAAACUUAGUUCGGAUUUUGGGAUGUUGCAUUGAAGGAGAAGAGAGGCUAUUGAUUUAUGAGUUCAUGUUGAACAAAAGCCUUGACACUUUUCUCUUUGAUUCAAAAAAAAGGCUUGAGAUUGACUGGCCUAAGAGAUUCAGUAUCAUCCAAGGUAUUGCGCGUGGACUUCUCUAUCUCCACCGUGACUCACGCCUCAAGGUCAUUCACCGAGAUUUAAAGGUGAGCAAUAUUCUUUUGGAUGAGAAGAUGACCCCAAAAAUAUCAGAUUUUGGAUUGGCUCGGAUGUAUCAAGGAACCGAAUAUCAAGACAACACUCGCAGGGUUGUAGGAACUUUAGGAUAUAUGGCUCCUGAGUAUGCGUGGACUGGUACGUUCUCAGAGAAGUCAGACAUUUACAGCUUCGGAGUUCUAUUGUUAGAAAUCAUCAGCGGAGAGAAAAUCUCAAGAUUUAGCUAUGGCGAAGAAGGAAAAACCCUUCUUGCAUAUGUAAGCAUGGGAAUCUUGGUAUGAAAAUGGAGGAAUCGAUCUUUUGGAUAAAGAUGUUGCUAACUCAUGUCAGCCAUUAGAAGUUAAGAGAUGUGUUCAGAUUGGUCUGCUCUGUGUUCAACAUCAACCUGCAGACAGACCCAAUACACUUGAGUUGAUGUCUCUGCUCACCACUACAUCAGACCUUCAAUCACCAGAACAACCCACAUUUUCAGUGCACAAGAGAGAUGACAGAUACUUGUGUAAGGGUUUGAGCACUGUCAAUGAGAUAACACAAUCUGCUAUCCUUGGGCGUUAAGAAACGAUGUGUAAUGGAAGUUGUUGAGUUAAAUUGAUUUUUUUUCUUUCAAUGUUGAUAACUUCAACAACAUCACGCUCUUUCAUUUUGAUACAUUUUGGAACAAAAUGGUUCUUAAGUUAGUGUUUAUUUUAUUUUUGAAAAAUUCACUAGGA